AGCUCUGCGCAGUGGCAGGCGCUGCCGGAGCGCUGGCCAUGAGGACCCUGUGGCUGGCGCUGUGCGCGCUGGCGCGGCUGUGGCCGGGGACUCUGGCCGGCUGCGCCGAGGCGGGGCGCUGCUGCCCGGGCCGGGACGCCGCCUGCUUCGUGCGCGGCUGGAGGUUGGACAGGGUUUACGGGACGUGCUUCUGCGACCAAGCCUGCCGCCUCACGGGGGACUGCUGCUUCGACUACGCCAGGGCAUGCCCAGCUCGCCCGUGCAUCGUGGGGGAGUGGAGCCCCUGGAGCGGCUGCGCCGACCAGUGCAAGCCCGCGGCCCGCGUGCGGAGGCGCCAGGUGCAGCAGGAGCCCCGGAACGGCGGCGCGCCCUGCCCGCCCCUGGAGGAGAGAGCCGGCUGCCUGGACUACUCGACGCCCCAGGGCCAGGGCUGCGGGCACUCCUUCGUCCCUGCCUUUAUAACUACCUCUGCGUUCAACAAGGAGAGAACAAGACAAGCCGCAUCUCCACGGUGGUCUACAGACACAGAGGACACUGGAUACUGUAUGGAGUUCAAGACGGAGUCCCUGACUCCUCACUGCGCUCUGGAAAACCGCCCCCUGACUCGAUGGAUGCAGUAUCUCCGAGAGGGGUACACGGUGUGCGUCGAUUGUCAGCCCCCAGCCAUGAACUCUGUGAGCCUUCGCUGUUCCGGAGAUGGCCUGGACUCAGAUGGAAAUCAGACUCUCCAUUGGCAAGCCAUCGGCAAUCCUCGAUGUCAAGGAACCUGGAAAAAAGUUCGGCGAGUGGAUCAGUGCUCUUGUCCAGCUGUUCACAGUUUUAUUUUUAUAUAGAUUGAGAUGUAAAUAGUUCAGAAUGUGUUUGUAAACGUGCUAAACCUUACCAUGUCAUGUUCAGUGCUUCAUAAAACUUCAAAAACCAUUUGGCCUAAGUCCCUGAACACAUGUCAUUGCCACAUUCUGAAGCAGAGAAAGAAAAUGCAUGGCCAGUUCUCCAGAUACCCAGUACCUUUGUUUUUACUACCUUGAGGACACGCCCCAAAGGUUCCUGUGGUUUUGUGUCCUUGGCCUUCUACAGAGUCCUCUCAUUUGAAGGUCGCCCACAUAACACAGAAUGGACGUCUGUUUGCAAUGAAAUUACAACAAUAUGGUCCGUUUUCUGGUGAGUAGUUGUCAUUCAAG